GAGCGCCGGGGUGCGCUGGGGGUGUGUGUGGGGGUGGGCCGGGACCUGGAUCUGAUUAGUCGGGAUGGGGGAAGCGUGGUCCCCACCUCAGGCUCACAGGCUCCCCUGGAGGAGUCGGAGGAGGUGCCUGAGCUCAGGGCGCUGAGCUGCCCGGUGUCCGCCAUGGGCCCCCCGUCGGGCUUCUACGUGAGCCGCUUGGUGGCCGUGCUGCUGGCCGGGGUCGCCGCCGCGCUGCUGCUGGCGCUGGCCGUGCUGGCCGCGUUGCUGGGCCGCUGCGCGCACGCCCCGCCGUCGGACCUGCCGGGCCGCGGAGACUCGCCCGGAGAGCGCGCCCCGCCGCCCGCCGCCCCGCCGCCCAGGCCGACCGGGGAGCCCUCCGGCCCGCUGCCCGCCCGCCCGCGCCACCCCGCGGGGCCCUGGGAUGAGCUGCGCCUGCCGCCCUGGCUGGUGCCGCUGCACUACGAGCUGGAGCUGUGGCCGCGCCUGCGCCACGAGGCGCCCGACCGGGCUGCAGUACGCUUCUCCGGCCGCGUGAACAUCACGGUGCGCUGCGCUGCACCCACCGCGCGCCUCCUGCUGCACAGCGCCGCCCUGGAGUGCGAGCGCGCCGGCGUGCGCGGGCCCCUGGGCUCCGGCGCGGGGGGCGCCCCCAGGGCGCGCGUGCCCGUGGACAAGGUCUGGGCCGCCCCGGACAUGCACUACCUGGUGCUGGAGCUCGGCGAGUCCCUGCGCGCCGGCGGCCUCUACGAGCUGCAGCUCAGCUUCUCGGGGCGCGCCAGCCGGGACAUCCGCGAGGGACUCUUCGUCAACGUCUACGAGGACCAGGGUGAGAGUAGGACACUCCUAGCUUCUCAGAUGGAACCAACAUUUGCCAGGAAUGUUUUCCCUUGUUUUGAUGAACCAGCUCUGAAGGCAACUUUUAAUAUCACACUUAUUCAUGACCCUGGUUUUGUGGCCCUUUCCAACAUGCCAGUGCUAGGUCAGUCUGACAAGGAAGAUGUGAAUGGAAGCAAAUGGACUGUCACCACCUUUCACACCACGCCUCCAAUGCCAACUUACUUAGUCGCAUUUGCUGUCUGUGAUUAUGAUCAUGUUAACAGGACCGAAAGGGGCAAGGAGAUCCGCAUCUGGGCCCGGAAAGAAGCCAUCGCCAGGGGAGAGGCUGACUUUGCUUUGAACAUCACAGGCCCCAUCUUCUCCUUCCUGGAGGAUCUAUUUAAUAUCAAUUACCCUCUUCCAAAAACAGAUAUAGUUGCCUUGCCCAUUUUUGAUGACCGUGCAAUGGAAAACUGGGGACUGAUGGUAUUUGAUGAAUCAUUAUUGUUGCUGCAACCAGAUGAUCAGCUCUCCGAAAGAAAGAGCAUCAUCUCUUAUAUUAUCUCCCAUGAGAUUGGACAUCAGUGGUUUGGAAACUUGGUUACCAUGAAUUGGUGGAACAACAUCUGGCUCAAUGAGGGUUUUGCGUCUUAUUUUGAAUAUGGAGUAAUUAACCACCUUAAUCCUAAACUCCCCAAAAAUGAAGUCUUCUUUUUCAGCAUCCUACACAAUGCUCUCACAGAAGAUCACGCCCUGGUGUCUAGAGCUGUGUCCCUCAAAGUGGAAAAUUUCACAGAGACGAAUGAAAUAAAUGAGCUAUUUGACGUAUAUACUUAUAAGAAGGGAGCAUCUGUGGCCAGGAUGUUGUCCAGUUUCCUGAAUGAGGACUUAUUUAUCAAUGCACUUAAGUCAUAUUUGGGGACAUUUUCUUACUCAAAUGCUGAGCAAGAUGACCUCUGGAGGCACUUUCAAAUGGCCAUAGAUGGGCAGAGUCAAAUUAUUUUGCCAGCAACUAUCAAAAGCAUCAUGGACAGCUGGACACACCAGAGUGGUUUUCCAGUUAUCACUUUAAAUGUAUCCACUGGCGUCAUGAAACAGGAGCCAUUCUAUCUUGGAAAAGUUAAAAAUCAGACUCUCCUGACCCAUAAUAACACAUGGAUUGUCCCUAUUCUUUGGAUAAAAAAUGGAACUACACAGCCUAUAGUCUGGCUAGAUAAAAGCAGCAAAGUAUUCCCUGAAAUGCAAAUGUCAGAUUCUGAUCAUGACUGGGUGAUUUUAAAUUGGAAUAUGACUGGAUAUUAUAGAGUUAACUAUGAUAAAUUAGGCUGGAAGAAAAUAAGCGACCAGCUUGAGAAAGAUCCGAAGGCUAUUCCUGUUAUUCAUAGACUGCAGUUAAUCGAGGAUGCCUUUUCCUUGUCUGAAAACAAUUAUAUUGAAAUUGAAACAGCGCUUGAUUUAACCAAGUACCUUGCUGAAGAAGAUGAAAUUGUCGUCUGGCAUGUGGUCCUGAUGAACCUGAUCACCAGGGACCUUUUCCCUGUGAACAACUAUGAUGUAUACCCAUUACUAAAGAAAUACCUAUUAACAAGAAUUACUUCAGUAUGGAAGACUUAUUCAACUAUAAUUCGUAAAAAUAUGGCAGCCCUACAAGAUGAGUAUUUAACUCUAAUAUCAUUGGAAAAACUUUUUGGAGCUGCCUGUUGGUUGGGCCUUGAAGACUGUCUUCAGCUGUCAAGAGAACUCUUCAGAAAAUGGAUGAGCCAUCCAGAAUAUGAAAUACCUUAUCAGAUUAAAUAUGUGAUUUUAUGUUACGGCAUCGCCUCGGGGACUGAUAAAGAAUGGGAUUUUUUGUUAAAUGCCUACAAUGAUGAAACAGAAGAAGAAGAAAGGAUAUUCCUUGCUUAUGCAAUGAGCUGCAGUAAAGAUCCAUGGAUACUUAACAGAUACUUGGAGUACGCCAUCAUUGAAUCUCCAUUCACUUUUAAUGAGACAAAUAUAGUUGAUAUUGUGGCAGAAUCUCCAGUUGGAAGGUACAUCAUAAAGGACUUUUUAGUAAACAACUGGCAAGCCGUGAGUGAAAGGUAUGGAACACAAACAUUGGUUUUUCUGAUGUAUAAAUUAGGGAGAACCAUAACCACGGACUUACAGUUGACAGAGCUGCAGCGCUUUUUCAGUACCAUGUUGGAGGAGCACCAGAGGCUCGCAGCUCAUGCCAACUUACAGACCAUGAAGACUGAAAAUCUGAAAAACAAAAAGCGCAGAGCCAGAAUAGCUGCCUGGCUACGGAAACAUACAUAACUCAGUGGCUGCCGGUGGUCCUCCUUGGGCAGUGUUCUGAUCGCUUUGGCUGACAGUCUUGUCCUCCAGUGCCUUGGGAGUCUGGAAAGCCACAUGUGUUGGUAUUUGUAUUUCUAUCACUUGGACUCCUUCUUCGCUUAUUGCCAUAUUUGGCCCCGAGGCCCAGAGAUUGCAAAGUUUUGCCAACACUGCUAUAGUUCUGGGAGAAGAUUUCCCUUCGUUUUGGGAUAUCAGACCACAGAAGUUUCUCUAAGUGCCUUAUAGAAACAAGUUUACCUGAGAAAGUCUUGCUUUACUCUGUGAAGAAGGCCAGCAGGAGAUGACAUCUUUGGCUAAAUGAGCGCAUUCUUUGCUGAGGGAAAUGCAGGUUUGCAAUACUCUAGGGUCCGUUUAGUUCAAUAUUUAAAGGAGUAGGAAGCAAACAACAGGAAGGGGAAGAAGAAACAGAAACCAAGAUAAUAAUAUUCACUAGAUGGCAUGAAAAACCAAAGAAAACCAAGUUUUGAAAUAAUGGGAACCAUUUGAAGAGCUACAUUCAGUGCUCUGAAGGCAAGAAAUACCCCUUUUCCUGUCCAUUACUCUCUUCAAGCACCUACAGCUUCAAAGCACACUUUCCCAGCUAUUAAUCUUUAUGGUGUCAAAUGGAUGUGGGGGGGAGGCCUACAGUGCCCUUCCACCACUCGUGUGGAAAGGAAGCUUUUCCCCCUGAAGGUCUUGCAUGUUCACGUUUUUCAGUCAAAGUUUAUGAGCAAAAAUGGAGCCGUCAUGAAAGAGAAGUCAUCAAAAAGAAAUAGAACUAGGGCUAACCAGAGUCUUAUCUUUAUAGUCUGGCACUGGGGAUUAAGUUGGAAGCUGUUUUCUUUUGGCCCAAUUGAACCUCUUUGAAAUUUGGACAUUUUGCUUGAAACGUUGUCUUCAUUCAGGAGGUGUAAGAUGAGCUUCAUUUUUGCCCACCCCCACCCCCCUCCCUGUGUUAAGUCAAGGCAAGCAAAGUAAAUCAUCCUACUCUUAGCCAGCCUCUAGUGCAUAUAGGAUUGUAUCCUGUGGUUUAAUUUUUUAUUUUCUUUUUUGUAGAAUGGGGAGAUUGCUACAGAUCUCCCAUCUACCUCAGAGUGAUAGUGUCAAGAUGAAGAGAUGUAUCAAUUAAAGGCUUUGAAAUAUGCCCUGAAACUAAAGGAAAAUGAGAUCUAACAGGGGUUGCUCCCCACACAUACACUUUCUUGUGUAAAUUAACACAGCUCUAGCUGAAAGGCAGCAAACUUUCACAUUCACUUCACUAGAAAAGGUUCCUUCAACCAUGGGUCACAGGUCAGAGAUUUUACAUUUAGAAAUGUUCAGAUUUAAGCAAUAAAACAGCUCACAUCUUCAUAGUGUUAAA